AUGGCUGAAGACACCAGUGGCGACUGGAUCCUUUUCACCCACGAGGGUGGUGUUGAUGUUGGUGAUGUCGACGCAAAGGCCGAGAAGUUGCUAAUUCCCGUCGACCUGUCUGAAUACCCGUCGAACGAGGAGAUUGCCGCGACCCUCCUCAAGCACAUCCCCAAGGGCCUGCACAACGUACUAGUGGACUUCAUCACCCGCUUAUAUGCUGUCUACGUUGACUGCCAGUUCACCUAUCUCGAAAUCAACCCCCUGGUGGUCAUCCCCAACGAGGAUGCUACCUCUGCCGCUGUUCACUUCCUGGAUCUGGCUGCCAAGCUGGACCAGACUGCCGAUUUCGAGUGCGGUGUGAAAUGGGCCAUUGCCCGUUCGCCGGCUGCCCUUGGCCUGACCAACAUUGCUCCCUCCGGCUCCGGCGUGAACAUCGAUGCCGGCCCGCCGAUGGAGUUCCCCGCGCCGUUCGGUCGUGAGAUGACCAAGGAGGAGGCGUACAUUGCUGAGCUGGACGCCAAGACGGGUGCCUCGCUGAAGCUGACCGUCCUGAACGCCAACGGCCGCAUCUGGACGCUGGUUGCCGGUGGUGGUGCCUCGGUCGUCUACGCCGAUGCCAUUGCUUCUGCCGGCUUCGCCGAUGAGCUGGCCAACUACGGCGAGUACUCGGGUGCGCCGACGGAGUCGCAGACGUACCACUACGCACGCACUGUCCUUGACCUGAUGCUGCGCGCACCAUUGAGCCCCAAGGGCAAGGUGCUGUUCAUCGGUGGUGGCAUUGCCAACUUCACCAACGUGGCGUCGACAUUCAAGGGUGUGAUCAAGGCGCUGCGCGAGUACGCCAAGGCCCUGAACGAGCACAACGUGCAGAUCUGGGUGCGCCGUGCUGGUCCCAACUACCAAGAGGGCCUGAAGAACAUGAAGGCGGCGACCCAGGAGCUUGGCCUGAACGCCAAGAUCUUCGGCCCCGAGACGCACGUGUCCGGCAUUGUUCCCCUGGCCCUGAUCCCGGGCCGGUGGGAGGAGUCGAAGCUGGAGGAGUUCAAGGCUUAA